AUGUUUCCCAAUGCUUUCCUCGCUUUUGCGGCCCUCGCGCCCGCCGCCCGGUCGUUUGACGCGCACUGCAACCUGUACGCCCCCAAUGGCGAGUGGAUGGUAUGCCAGACGCAGGUGCCGUACACGCCGCCGGGGGGGCUCUUUGUCAAGAUGAACCCGUGGAACAAGACGGCAUUCACGUAUGAGUUUUGGUUCUCGCAUCAGUACAAGGAGCUGGACAAGACGGUGAAUGCAACUGCUCGCAUGGAGGUGGGGAUGCCGGAGUGGGAUGUGUCGGAUUGUAGACAGAUGACGGUUGUUUCAAAGGAAUACAUCUAA